AUGGUAUGCUCGCUUUACACCUUCCGGAAACCAAAUAGAGAUAAGAUCCGCGAAGAUUUCAGAACUUGUGCCCCCGUUUCUAUCUCUUCUCCCCGACGUGCAAAGCGUAUUCGAGAAGAUCACGAAGCAAUAGCUAUUUUCAGGCUUCAGCACACCGAUGUCAUGAACUCUCCGCUGAGCUUUGAACUCGAAGGCUUCCGAUAUUUAUGUAGAAAGUAUCCCCUUUCCCUUUCCGUUGGCGUUGGUAUCUGUCUCCAGACUUUAAACGGUCACUUUGGCUUAAGUCAAUGCCCAAACUUGAGCUCCUGUUUCGAAAUUACAAGGUCAAGGCAACUGUGAGGUAAGGCAAAACUGUGCGACUACACAGGAAACAAGUUGGUAUGCCGCUAUCAAUCAACCAGGAUCAGGAUGGAUUGCGAUUGCCUCGCGCUCUCGGGCGUGC